AUGGCAGUGUCACCGCUGGUGUCCCGCUCACCUUCUGUUACCAUAUCAUCCAACACUGCAGUGAGGUUGAGGAGUGUCGCCGCCGAGGACUCUCCUAGUGGGCAGGAAAAUGAGACACCCCAGUUUGCCCAGUCUACCGACCGUGAACUUACAGAGCAACUGAACGAUGAUAUCAGAAAUAGAUACAUCAAAGACAAGAAACUCGGCGAGGGUACCUACGCCAUAGUAUAUCUUGGCCACCUUCGAACCGACUUGUCAUCGUUGGUGGCAAUCAAAAAGAUCAAAGUCAAUACUGAAUACAAGGAUGGUCUCUCAAUGGAUGCGAUUCGCGAAGUCAAGUACCUCCAGGAAUUGUCCCAUCCCAACAUUAUCGCGCUGCACGACGUAUUCUCAUCGAAAGAUCAAAACCUGAACCUGGUUCUGGAGUACUUGCCUCGUGGCGAUCUGGAAAUGCUCAUCAAGGAUGUGAAUGUACAGUACGGCGCAGCCGAUAUCAAGGCCUGGAUGGGAAUGCUUGCGCGAGGGGUCUGGUUCUGUCACGAGAACUUUGUGCUGCAUCGUGACAUCAAGCCCAACAACCUUCUCAUCGCGUCUGAUGGAGAGGUGAAACUGGCGGAUUUCGGUCUUGCGAGAUCGUUCGCCGACCCCUACCUGAACAUGACUCACCAAGUAAUCACUCGCUGGUAUCGGCCACCGGAGCUACUCUACGGAGCACGGCAGUACUCAGGUGCUGUAGAUAUUUGGUCCAUGGGAAUGGUGUUUGCGGAGCUUCUUCUGCGGGUUCCCUUCGUUGCUGGAAACUCGGACCUGGAUCAAAUCAGCAAGAUAUGCGAUGCAUUUGGCACGCCAACCGAGGACAACUGGCCAGGGGUCUCCCGAUUGCCCACCUAUUUCCCCCAAGAAUCAACGAACAUCACGCCGGUACAAGGCCGGGAUUUCUUCCUACGGCAGUUCCCGACAGCCGGGUCUGUGGGUGCCGAUCUACUCAUGUCUAUGUGCACGCUCGAUCCCCGGAAGCGGAGUACAGCAUGUCAAAUCUUACAGCACAGUUGGUGGGUCACCGAGCCGAAGCCGACGGAGAAGGAGAACCUUCCAAACAAGCCUGGCGGCGCGAAGAAAAUGGGCAAUGAUCUCACCAGAAAAGUUGGGGAGGUUGACGAAACCCCAUUUAAAAAUGCCGCCCGGCAAUUGGAUUUUAGCACCAUGAAGCAGUAG